CAGAUAUACGUUGCAAAUUUUGUGGGUUUCAAUCCAGUCCUCGUCCUGAAGUCCUGAACAAUAAAAGUGUGUGCCCAGUUUUCCAGUUCGUUUUACAAAAUAUAAAUAAAAAUGCGUGAAUGUAUAUCAGUCCAUGUCGGCCAAGCCGGUGUCCAAAUGGGCAACGCCUGUUGGGAGCUAUACUGUCUGGAACACGGCAUCCAACCAGACGGUGAAAUGGUCAGCAAUCCCGGAAAAAAUGUAGACCAAAGCUUCAACACAUUCUUCAGCGAAACAGGCUCCGGAAAAUACGUGCCCAGAUCGGUGUUCGUGGACUUGGAACCAUCCGUCAUAGACGAACUGAGAACUGGAGCAUACCGUCAACUAUUCCAUCCAGAACAAGUCAUCAGCGGGAAGGAGGACGCUGCCAACAACUACGCCAGAGGACACUACACAGUAGGCAAGGAAUCCAUCGACUUAGUCAUGGACCGUCUGAGGAAACUGACGGACAACUGCGAAGGACUGCAAGGAUUCCUCAUCUUCCACUCCUUCGGAGGCGGAACCGGUUCCGGCUUCACUUCCCUGCUGAUGGAGCGCCUCACAGUCGACUACGGAAAGAAAUCUAAGUUGGAGUUUGCGGUUUAUCCCGCCCCGCAGAUCUCCACCGCCGUCGUUGAGCCGUACAACUCCGUGCUGUGCACGCACACCACUUUGGAGCACUCAGACUGUUCCUUCAUGGUGGACAACGAAGCCAUUUACGAAAUCUGCAACCGCAAGUUGGCCAUCGAACGUCCCUCCUACACCAACCUGAACAGGUUGAUCGGCCAGAUUGUGUCGUCGAUCACGGCCUCCCUGAGGUUCGACGGAGCCCUCAAUGUGGACAUUACGGAGUUCCAAACUAACCUGGUGCCCUACCCGAGGAUCCACUUCCCCUUGGUGACCUACGCCCCGGUUAUAAGUGCGGAGAAGGCCUUCCACGAGCAACUUUCAGUCGCUGAGCUCACCAACUCGUGUUUCGAACAGGAGAACCAGAUGGUUAAGUGCGACCUGAAGAAGGGCAAGUAUAUGGCGUGUUGUUUGCUGUACCGGGGCGACGUGGUGCCUAAGGAUGUCAAUCAGGCGAUAGCCAAUAUUAAAACUAAGAAGUCCAUUCAUUUCGUGGAUUGGUGUCCGACUGGGUUUAAGGUUGGGAUCAACUAUCAGGCACCUACUGUGGUGCCGGGAGGCGACCUGGCUAGGGUUCAAAGGGCUGUUUCUAUGUUGUCGAACACCACAGCCAUCGCAGAAGCCUGGACAAGGCUCAACAGGAAGUUUGAUCUUAUGUACGGAAAAAGGGCUUUCGUCCACUGGUACGUAGGUGAAGGCAUGGAGGAGGGAGAGUUUUGUGAGGCCAGAGAAGAUUUGGCUGCCCUUGAAAGAGAUUAUGAGGAAGUAAGCAUGGACUCCAAUGAUGUGGUAGAGGAUGAUGUCGAUGAGUAUUAAGGGAACUUUUAUUGUUAUAUGUAUUUAUAUUAUUAUUCUACAAAUGUGUUAAUGUUUCAAUUUAUUGUAUAAUAAAACAAGUUUUAUGAAUAAA